AUGUUUCUCAAACAGUUAGCCGGCUUAUUAAAGCCCUCCACAAUAACUACUCUGCUUGAACCACUCAAAAUAGCUCCGCUAACUGCGCGUUGGAACAACACGGCUGCAUUUACAAAUCAACGAUGGAAUAGCACUAGCGCUGUUACUGCUGCUGCCAUUCCAGACAAGAACACCGUUGAUACCGUAAACAAACAGGUGGAAGCCGGUUCGGAAGGAAGAUUAUUCGCGGUCGUGCAGCUGUGUGGCAAACAGUUUAAAAUCACUUCCGGCGAUAUAAUCGUCGUUGAGGGUUAUUGGCCACCGGAAAACGGUGACCGUUUACGGUUGGAUAAGGUGCUACUGGCAGGAAGUAAGGAUUUUUCACUCAUCGGUCGACCACUGCUAACGUCCGGACUGGUGGACGUGCAGGCUACCAUUAUCGAGAAAACACUUUCCCACACUCGCACACAUUUUCGCAAGAAGCGCCGAAAGCAAUAUACCCGUAUCAAUUUCUACCGCACGCAACAAACGAUGAUUCGGAUCAACUCAAUCGACAUUACGCGAAAGUUAAGUGAGGCGAGCGCAAAUGAUUCUAGCGAGGAGAGAUUUUUCUAG